UUGUGAAAACCGUUGGGAUCUUCUCAUACCUUAAGAUACGGGAUCUAUGGGAUCUCCUUACUUCAGCAAUAAUGCUAGAGCCUGGAGAUCUGAUUGAAUUUCAGAGAGUGGGAUACCAACACUGGGGCAUCUAUGUGGGAAAGGGAUAUGUGGUCCACUUCACAUUUCCAGAGUUGGAAGAGGGAUUAAAUAAUAUGCUUAAUGGAGAAUUCUUCAAAGCCAAAGUGCAAAAGGAGCGUCUGAGGAACGUGGCUCGUGUUUCAAGCUAUGCUGUGAACAACCAAUUAGAUAAAAAGCACCCUCCGUUACCUCUUUCUCAUGUGGUAAAGAGAGCUGAGCACCUGGUGGGGAAGAAUAUAGACUACAAUCUAGUAAUGUCUAACUGUGAACAUUUUGCCACCCUGAUAAGAUAUGGCAUUGCUGAAUCACAGCAGGCAAUUUACUUUGAAGUGGAUGAAGGUUUUGUGAAGCAGAUAAAGAAAUGGCUAGCUGAGAUCAAUGAGUAGUGUGUGGAUCGACGCAAUGGAAAACUGGAUUGCUAGAGAAAGAACCUCUUCUACAUGAAGCAGCAUUCAGAGGCUAGGAAUAACUGACUUGAAAAAGCAAGUAAAAUACUUACUAACAACCCUUGUGUACUCUCCUCCUCCUACUUCGUGGUGCUAUGGCUAUGAAACUGUGAUGCUUUGGUAUUCUGUAUAUUGAACAUUUCUAAGAGCUCUGCCUACGCGUCCGGACUAGUGCUGGUCAAAAAAGACAGCACAACACUCAACCUUGUCUAUGGAAAGAAAUGCAUACACGAUGCCUUCUCUGCAGGAGCUUCGGAGAGUAAAAAGGAAAGCUAGAUACUUUGAAAACCUAAACCUCUUUUCUAUUCAAUGCUGUAGAAUACAAGAAAUUUUACUGUUAGUGGGCGGCUUCAUCAAAAUAAAAACCUAAAUAGUCAAACUCCAGUCACAAAAACCCAUAACUUCCUGGAAAAAUCACCAAUUCCAAUAUGCCUAGACCUAAAUGUAUAGUCCUGAUGUGUCUGAGAGAAUCUGCCAGUCAUCUGGAGGAGAACUGGCUGCAAACUGAGGGGCUGACCAACCAGCAAAAGAGACAUCAAAGACUAUAUCCUAUAGCAAAACACAUUAAGAAUCACUUAACAGAAUUAAACUGCUUAGUUCAGACCUUCUAGAGAGUGAGCUAAUUAUUUUGA